UUAUUUCCGCUCUCUCAGAUCUACCAGCGUGCCUCAAAACCCCUUAAAUCAAAUCGAAAAUUCAAUUCAAUUCAAUCUUGUCAAAUUCCCCCCUAAGAAUUUUCUCCUCAAUUUUUGCCAAAUUCCAAAUCUAGGUGAAGGGGAAAGAGGGAAAUCGAGAUUUUGGCGCGUAAAUCUCGAUGCCGAUGUGGAGCUCGGUGGCGAAUUUGAAGGAAAGUCUGAGUAAAAUCGCGCUGGAUGUCCACGAUGACGACGACGAUGAAGAGCUGUCUAUGUACACUCCUCCGCCGGCCGAUCAUUCCGACAAGGCCAGUUCAGGUUCGGAGCGGAGAGCUUCGCACAUUUCCAGUGCUCCGACUCAUUCACCGAUCGUCAAUGGAUUCGAUUCCCCGUCUAAUCACGAGAUCGAGCUGUACAAAACAAAAAUUAAGAAGCUUCAGGAAUCUGAGUCAGAAAUAAAGGCUCUAUCAGUUAAUUAUGCAGCUUUAUUAAAGGAAAAAGAGGAUCAGAUUUUGAGAUUGGCUGAAGAAAAUGGCUCACUAAAACAGAAUCUCCUUAGUGCAAAUGCUACUCAUGGUACACCUAGAACUGUUCUUAAGGGUAAUGGUGAUAUUUCCCCUAAUCGGUUUAAAGCUGCAACAAAAAGUCGUGGUAAUGGUAUUGUGGCAAAGCAUGAUGGAUUAAAUAAUGGGACAACUUCAUCCAAUUCAAAGGAACUCUCAGAUGCAAUGGAAGACAAAAUUAGAUCCUUGACCGGGAUGCAAGCAACUCAUGAAUCUCAAAUGAAACAAAUGAUGUUGGAACUUAAUAAAGAACGUGGCAAGCUGGCAAGUGUCCAGCUGAGUUUACAAGAGGAGCAAAAGUUGAAUGGAUCGUUUCAGCAGGACUUGAGCUCGUUAAAAGAUGAAAAAGAUAAAAUGUUGAGAGAGAUAAACAGAACACAAGACGAGUUAAAUCAGAAGAUAUCAGAGAUAGGAAGGUUACAAAUGGAGUUGCAGAGAAGAGAACCAAACAACAGUGUAGAGAAGUUGAAAAACGUUAUUGCUUCUUUGGAGGAAGAUAACAGAAAUAUUAAGGGAUUGCUGGAGAAUGAGAAAAUGCAGAAGUCUUUGCGUAAAUUAGAAAAUGACCUUAAGGAAGCACGGAUGCAAAAGGACAAAGCCUUGCACGAAUUGACUCGUCUCAAGCAACAUUUGUUGGAAAAGGAAUCCGAGGAAUCAGAGAAAAUGGAUGAGGACAGUAAGAUUAUUGAGGAACUGCGAGGAAUCAAUGAACAACAAAGGGUUCAAAUUUCACGUUUGGAGAAUACUCUGAAACAAGCAAUCUCAAGACAAGAAGAAGUAAAACUGUCCAACAAUAGUGAACUUAUGAAGGCCAAAGAAGUUAUAGACGAUCUUAAUAGAAAAUUGACCAACUGUUACAACACAAUAGAUGCCAAGAAUGUGGAAGUUCUAAAUCUGCAAACUGCUCUUGGGCAAUAUUAUGCUGAAAUUGAGGCCAAGGAACGUCUUGGUGAAGAGUUGUCAGUCACAAAAGAGGAAUCAGCUAGACUUAUCAUGCAGUUAAAGGAAGCACACCAACUAGCAGAAGCAUCAAAGAGGGAGAGGGAGGAACUUUUGAGAAAGCUUUCACAAGCUGAUAUUGUGAUUGCUGAAGGAAAGAACAGAGUUAAGAAGCUUGAGGAAGAUAAUGAAAAACUCCGCAGAGCUCUUGAGCAAAGCAUGACAAGAUUAAAUAGGAUGUCUGUGGACUCCGAUUUUCUUGUUGACAGGCGCAUUGUAAUCAAAUUACUUGUGACAUACUUCCAGAGAAACCACAGUAAAGAGGUUCUUGAUCUAAUGUGUCGCAUGCUGGGAUUUUCUGAUGAAGAAAAACAAAGAAUCGGUGUUGCUCAGCAAGGGCCUGGCAAAAGUGUAGUUCGGGGUGUAUUUGGCCUUCCAGGUCGGCUUGUUGGGGGCAUCCUUGGCGGCGGUGCCCCUGAACCUCAAUCAGCUAUGACAUCUGAUGACCAGUCAUUUGCAGAUUUGUGGGUGGACUUUCUUCUCACGGAGACGGAAAGGGAAAAGAGGGAGUCCGCCAAUAAUUCAAAUCAAGAUCAAAACUCUACAGGAACCACACCCCCUUACCUCAACCCAAACCAAGUUCCCACAUUAUCUCGCAGCAACUUGGGACGGGAACUUUCAGAUUCGGAAUUUUCAACAGUUCCUCUCACUUCAUCAGAAAACAGUUUGCAAGGUUCGAGACUACCACCGAGAUACUGAUUAUUUAUGUAAGUUCGACUGUAAAUACCCUAAAAUUUUCCAGCCGUGAUAUGCCUAAAUGUUCUUUCGAUUCUUUGUCUAACUUGUGAAAACAAAGAGAAGCAGCAGCCCUUUGGAGCGUGUAUGUACGUGCAUUGUAAUAAUCCCUGUAUGAAGAAAGCUACACACACUUGAAACUUUUUGUAGACGAGAUGGCACAUAUUUAGAUAGAUUUGCUAAAGAAUAUUACAAUUUGCGUGAAUUGUAUAUAAACGCUAUACAGUAACGUAACACAUCAUUGUUCACUCUGCAACC